AUGAGAGUGCGAGCAAGGCAGCGAGGUCCACCAGCCAGAGAGUCCUCUGCCCUGGUGACCUCUGGGUGGCCCUGGCCUGUACUCCAUCUCGCCUUGUUCCAAGCUAGCUCCUGGAGUGCUCACUUGUGGUUUACUUUUCUGCUCUUCGGCAAAGAUCUUUUAUCAUCUUCAUUUUCACAGAGUGGAAAAACCGUUUUGGCCAACUUUCUGACAGAAUCUUCUGACAUCACCGAAUACAACCCAACCCAAGGAGUGAGGAUCCUGGAAUUUGAGAACCCACACGUUACCAGCAACAGCAAAGGCCCAGGCUGUGAAUUUGAGCUCUGGGACUGUGGAGGCGAUCCCAAGUUCGAGUCUUGCUGGCCGGCCCUGAUGAAGGACUCCCACGGAGUGGUGAUCAUCUUCAACGCCGACACCCCGAGCCACCUGAGAGAGCUCGAGAGGUGGCAUUCCUGCUUCGUCCAGCAGCAGGGCUUACAGGACACUCAGUGUCUGCUGAUUGCACACCACAAGCCAGGCUCUGGGAGUGACAGAGGAAACCUUUCCUUGUCGCCACCCUUGAACAAGCUGAAGCUGGUGCACUCGAAUCUUGAGGAUGACCCUGAGGAGAUCCGGAUAGAGUUCAUAAAGUAUUUAAAGGGCAUAAUCAACUCAGUGUCUGAGAGCAGAGACCGAGAGGAGAUGUCAAUCAUGACCUAACCGACCUUCGUCCGACUCUUCCGCAUCCCAGAUGAGGUCACCUUCUUCCCCAGGACAGAUCAGCAACCUUCACCAGCUAUGAGUCUUUCUUCUCCCUGUGGCUGUAGAGGAAAUUCUCCUUAUCUGCUCGAAGGUACCAGAGAGGCAGGGAGUUGACUCUAACACCAUCUAUUCUCUAGCCUUAGUUCAAUCGAGAAAAUUCUAUUAUUGAAUUCUGAUUCCUUUGCCCCAGACCUCUCCAAAAAGCUGGAAAACUGACAUGUUUUUUUUUCUUCCUUCACAUAUGUCAAGUUGUAAGAAUUGUGGAAUUGUAACUGUCAUAGCCCAAUGAUACAACACUAGUGUAUCCCUGUGUAUUGGUUUGAGUGUGAUUUUCAUUCCUUAAUUCACUCAGCAAAUACCGACUUGCUGAGCAUC